UGCAGAUGCAGUCGAACCUCAGUUCUAAGCCAGAAGUAGAACGGAUACCAAGUUCAGUGGAUAUCAAUCGUGUCUCCCAGUAUAUUCCAGAAUGAAUCACUGCUCCAGUUCGCACCUGUUGCUGCUUAUCUCCGUGGUUUUUGGGGCGGUCUGGGUGGCCCAUGCCCAGGUGCCAUUUCCCGGCAAGUGCCCAGAUGUUAAGCUACUGGACACCUUCGACGCGGAAGCGUAUAUGGGCGUGUGGUACGAGUACGCGGCGUAUCCAUUUGUUUUCGAGAUCGGCAAGAAGUGCAUCUACGCCAACUACAGUCUCAUAGACAACAGCACUGUUUCGGUGGUGAAUGCGGCCAUCAAUCGAUUCACCGGGCAACCCUCGAAUGUAACUGGACAGGCCAAGGUCCUUGGACCCGGUCAAUUGGCCGUGGCCUUUUACCCGACGCAGCCACUGACGAAGGCCAACUACCUGGUUUUGGGCACCGAUUACGAGUCAUACGCCGUUGUCUACAGCUGCACCAGUGUAACGCCUUUGGCCAAUUUCAAAAUUGUUUGGAUCUUGACUCGUCAGCGUGAACCUUCAGCGGAAGUGGUUGAUGCGGCCAGAAAGAUCUUGGAAGACAACGAUGUAUCCCAGGCCUUCCUCAUCGAUACUGUUCAGAAGAACUGCCCCCGGUUGGAUGGUAAUGGUACCGGGCUGGCCGGAGAGGAUGGCCUCGAUGUGGAUGACUUCGUGUCCACCACUGUGCCCAAUGCCAUCGAAAAGGCAUGAGAAUGGCUCCGACGCCUCUACGAGCGUCUCUACGACAUUUUUAUGAACUUCCUAAGUUACUAAGUGUCAUGUAACCACAGGGAUCGUGUAUCGAUUGCUAAAUGUUCUUUGGUGCUUCGAUUUAAGCUUGUUGUAUUGCGAGGAAUAAAUAAUUAGAAAACCGA